AGGGCCAGAGCCAAUUCCCAGCGGCCAGACGACCCCGUGCCAGCCUUGUUGGCAGGGGGAGCAGCGUGGCGGGAGCAAUUCCUGCUCAGCCAUGGAAAGACUCUGGAGGAUCCCCCUGGCGCUCCCUUCCAUCGGACACCCAGGAUGGGGAUCUUGGCAAAGCGAGGGGCCGUGGGACAGUGCAGGGCCGGGGCAGCCCCCACCCGUGUUCCCAGCGCCAGCGUGUUGGGGGAUGGGGGGAUUGCAGGGACGGCGCCUCUGCAGGGGCUGCGCCGCCGAGGCGCGGAACGUGCGCGGGGCCCAUGCAGGAGCCGCUGCCCUGUUCCUGCCCCGUGUGUCCGGGCCCCAUUCCCGGCAUGGGCGAUCCCACCCCCGCCCGGGAGCGCUUGCGGGGGGCGGUCCCGCCGAUGCGGGCGGCGCUGCGGCGGGGGCGGCUGCCGGGCCCGGGGGGGCGCAGCCGCGGGGUCCCGCCGCUUGCCGUGGACCUGCGGAGCGACACGGUGGCCCGGCCGUGCGCGGGGAUGCGCCGCGCCAUAGCCCGCGCCGCCGUGGGCGACGCCGACUACAGGGAGGACCCGGCACUGAACGAGCUGCAGCGCCGGGCCGCGGGGACUCUGGGGACGGAAUCGGCUCUGUUCGUGCCCACGGCCACCAUGGCCAACCUCAUCGCCGUGAUAUGCCACUGCCAGCGCAGGGGGGCUCAGCUGUUCCUGGGCCAGGACACCCACCUGCACCUCUCCGAGCACGGCGGGGCCGCGCAGCUGCGUGUCGCCGGUGUCCACUCCCAGGCACCGCCAGAUCUGCCGAAUGGCACAUUCGACCUGGACCAGCUGGAGCUGACCAUCUGUGAGGCGCACAGCAGCCAGUACCACACGCGUCCUGAGCUCAUCUGUCUGGAGAACACGCACAUCUCGGCGGGGGGCCGGGCACCGCCCUUCACCUAUCGCAGGCAGGUCCGUGGGCUUGCAGACCGUUACGGGCUGCGAGUGCACAUGGACGGCGCACGACUGAUGAAUGCAGCAGUGGCCCAGGGUGUGGAGCCAGCUCAGAUUGCCCAGCACUGUGACUGUGUGACCCUCUGCUUCUCCAAGGGCCUGGGUGCCCCGUCUGGUGCAGUGCUGGCAGGGUGCAGGGAGUUUGUCGCUGAGGCCUGGUGUGUGCGGCAGCUGCUGGGCGGGGGGAUGCGGCAGGUGGGAGUGCUGGCAGCCGCUGCCCACCUUGGGCUGCAGCACACGGAGGUGAUGCUGCGCAGAGACCACAACAAUGCCCAGCACUUUGUGGAAGGUAUCCAUGUGCUGAACUCUCCCCUCUGGUCCAUCAACCUGGCAGCGGUGAAGACCAACAUUGCAAUGGUAAAUGUCCAGGGGACCUGGCCCUCCCCCGCUGAGCUCUGCGACCGCCUUUGUGCCAUCAGCGCGGAGGUGGCUGAGACCGGGCAGGCUGUCAGCGUCUUGCUACUCCCCUGGUCAGCACAGACUGUGCGUGCUGUCUGGCACCGCAACAUCUGCCGUGACACUGAGCUCACAAGGAGAAAGCUGGAAUUUGUGGCCAGGAAGUGCCAGGAGGAAUUGGCCUUGGGACUGCAUCCGAUGCCUCAAGGCACCGGGGGAGCCUGAGCACUCUGCCAGCCCCGCAGCUGCAGCAGUUAAGCAGCCCAAAGGACUGCUGCUGGGAACACAUCUGGAGCCCCUUUGUCCUCCAGAUGAGUUCCCAGCCAUCUGAAACUCAAUAUCAGCCCUCACAGGCAGCCUGAAAAACCAAUGUGAGCCCAGCCUAGUGGAGACCCCAGCUCUCGAGGCAGUCAGUGCACAAAAUAAACGUGUUUUGGCGGUCCUGUA